AGCACAAAUUCAUCAAGAGCCUUGCGCAGAAAAAAUAGGCACCCUAUCGGACACGAGUCUUCCGAUAACCCUACAUUUUCUGCCUAGUAUUCUUUAAAAAGAAUUUCAAGAAUCAUUACCGCUGCCACCAAGCUCACUCUGACUAGCCCAACUGACCAAAUCAUCGAUUUUUUUUUUCCUGUAAAAAAUUUCACUCAGUUGCCUUGUCUGCCUCGCUGCUGCCCGACCUUCCGGUAACGAGAAUUUCAAUACAAAAUAAACUACGAGAACGAUAUAAUUCUGCAACUUGGAUCUUUUUUCUGUGACUUUGACUAGUCAUGGCGAAUCCUUUGCAGUUUGCUUACCGAACCCAGAAGGCUAUCGGCGUCACUGAUGCCGCGCCUGUCUACGAGCCUCUUCCUGGAUUUGACAAACCCGAGGGGACUUUGCGGUGCUGUGUCUACUCGCCCUGUGGUCGAUAUCUUGCCUGGGCCUCCAGCGAUCGUGUUUGCGUCGUUGAUGCAUCCGUUGGCCAUGUUUUAACCGAAAUAACUCUCGCCAACGUCUUCGAAGUCGCUUUUUCACCCCGCGGAACCUACCUGAGCACGUGGGAGCGCCCUGCGAGGGACGAGGCUGGUGAUGCCAACAAAAACUUCAAGAUCUGGCGGACAGUCGAAGACUUACCUGAAGGAGCUGAAAAGCAACCCUUAGGAAAGUUUGUUCAAAAAUCCCAAACAGGUUGGAAUCUUCAGUACACUUCCGAUGAGAUGUUCUGCGCCCGCAUGGUAACCAACGAGGUACAAUUUUACAACAGCGACGAUCUCACCACGGUCUGGAACAAGCUCCGUGCCGAAGGCGUUGCUGAUUUUGCUAUUGCGCCUGACAAAACCCAUAACGUCGCCGUUUUUAUCCCCGAACGAAAGGGACAACCUGCUGCUGUCAAGGUUUUCAAUGUUCCUCAAUUCACCGACUGCAUCUCGCAGAAGACGUUCUUUAAGGGUGACAAGGUUCAACUCAAGUGGAAUAGCCUGGGAACGAGCCUAAUUGUGCUGGCACAAACGGAUGUUGAUAAGUCCAACAAGAGUUAUUACGGGGAAACAACUCUCUAUCUACUUAGCGCUAACGGCACUCUCGAUGCUCGCGUUACUCUAGAUAAAGAUGGGCCAAUCCACGACGUUGCCUGGUCACCGAACGGGAAGGAGUUUGGUGUCAUUUAUGGCUACAUGCCCGCGAAGACCACUAUAUUCAAUCAUCGCGGCAUCGCCGCACACUCUUUCCCGAUCGGCCCCCGAAACACUCUCAGUUUUUCACCAACUGGACGGUUCACUUUGGUUGCCGGAUUUGGUAACCUCGCUGGUCAGAUCGACGUUUACGAUCUCGAGAAAGACUAUCGAAAGGUCUGCACUAUCGAAAGUGGGAAUCCUAGUGUGUGCCAGUGGAGUCCUGACAGCCGCUACAUCAUGACUGCCACUACGUCCCCUCGUCUCCGUGUUGAUAACGGAGUCAAGAUUUGGCAUGUUGGGGGAGGCAUCAUGUACACUGAGGACAUGGUGGAACUCUACAACGUGACCUGGAGACCAGUUCUUCCAGAAAACCUACCAGGUGGUGAUCCGCUCCAUCCUGUUCCCACCCCGCAUUCCUCUGCAAUCGCAUACUUGGGAACGGUCAAGACCCCAUCGAAGCCUGUAGGUGCUUACCGACCUCCAGGUGCCCGAGGCACAUCUACACCCCUCCAUUUCAGACGUGAGGAUGAAGGAGGCGCUGCUCACGUGGUGAGUAAUGGGUCUCAGGGCAUGGGUCUCAAUGGAUUUGGAAGGUCACGCCGCCAAGUGCCGGGGGCAGAAUUUCUUGAAGCCGGUUCACGCGGGGUUCCUGGUGCACCAUCGGAUGUUCCAGGAGCUAACGGCGACGAGAAUUUGUCCAAGGCAGCCUUGAAAAACAAGAAGAAGAGGAAUAAUAAGAAGGCGAAGGAUGUGGAGCACAAGGACGGGGAUACCGGUGGCUUGGCUCCCCCGACUCAGGAGCGAGGUCCGCAUUCUGGAAACGAAGGACGUAGUCCUGAACGUCGAGGACAGCAGUACAACCAGCAGAGGCAUCACCGAAGUCGCUCGCGGCACACCCCCCAAGGCGGUAACAACCCUGGACGCAACCGCAGCGGAACUCAUCAGAAUGGUCAGGCACCCCCUAUGGCACCACAGAUUCAAACUUCCCAGCCCCCUGCUGGUCUUGAUGCCGUAAUCUCCCCCGGUAGCCAGAAUCCGGCUUCGAAAAAGCUUAGAAGCUUGCAGAAAAAGAUCCGUGCGAUCGAGGACUUGGAGAUGCGACAUGCUGGCGGCGAAAAGUUGGAGGAUACACAGAUGAAGAAGAUCGCGACGAAGUCGUCAGUAGUUAAGGAGUUGGAGGCGAUGGAGAAGGAAAUUCAUUGAGUAAAAGUUUGCGGCCAAUGAUAAUAUCACGCGGCUUCGAUAUGUGUCGGACUUGGUUCUAGUUAGUCCACUCGCAGGACACCGGUUAGGGGCCUUGGGCUAGGUAAAUUAGAGUCCAUGUACUGUAAAACUGGCGUUUGGGGAAUGAAAAGGCUAGCCGGUUUUAGUUGACUCCUGGAGAGGCAGGCGGUUGAUUCUCUACUGCUUCGAAUCUAGGCAGGGCGGAUGGCUAAUAUAAAAACAACUCCAGACAUAAAAUCCAAGCGUCAACUGCAUAGUGUUUUUGUUAGAUGCUUUGAUUUAUUGUACGGGUGAAAUGUGUUGUGAUGGGUUGCUGUUUUUCUACGUAGGCCUUUUCGAGAGGUGCGUGGUACUUGUUUGUGUUUUACCGCUGAUAGAGAUGGCGGUGAGA